CCUACUUCUCUCACACUGACAGUCGACAGUUGUGUUUACGGACGCCGAGGAAACACCAGGAAAUCUAAACACAGUAGGCGGUCCUGCCUAAUUUGGAAGAGACUCCUGGAAAAAUGUUAAGAAACACAUUGGCCCGGUUUGCCCGACCUGCCCUGCAGAGAUGCACCUCUUCUAUAGCUUGCCAGGUCGUAAGUUCCUGCAGACCAGAGAAGGUUCUCCAUCCACCGCCUGCUUGUCCGACAUUUGUGCAGCUUCGUGGACAGCAGACUUUGGGUUCAGCCUCCCUCUCAGUGGCCAGCCACUCUUUGAGACAUGCCAGGGCGCUAGAUGAAGAGCGGCUGGUGGAGGUUGAGUGGGAAGAUGGAGGGCAAAGCGUGUACCCCUUCACAUGGCUGAGAGACAACUGCCAGUGCUCCAUGUGUACGCUGCAAUCAGCUCAGGCCCGCAAACUCUUGAUGUCCGACUUGGACAUUCACACAGGCAUCGAUGUUGUGGAGGUUACCAAUGACAACAAGGUGUCAAUUGUUUGGCCUGACCAGCACACCAGCACGUUUGAAGCAGAAUGGCUGAAGAAACGCUGCUUUUCUCAAGAAGCCAGACAAACGGUGCAAGAGGAGCUCUUCUUCAAUGAGCGUUAUUACUGGGGCAGCGAACUGCGUAUUCCCACCGCCAACUACCAGGAUGUCCUCAAUGACGACAAGGCCGCGCUGGCGUGGCUCCUGGCGUUGAAACGCGUGGGCAUCGUCUACCUGAAGGGGGCUCCGGCAGAGCUGGGCCAAGUGGCCAGACUGGCGAAGAGGAUCGGUUACCUCAGACUGACGUUCUACGGGCACACAUGGCAGGUCCUGGACAAGUACAUGGCAAACAAUGUGGCCUACACCCCAGGAAAACUCAGCCUCCACACUGACUACCCUGCAUUACAUUUUGCACCUGGAGUGCAGUUCUUGCACUGCAUCAACCAGGCCGAGGAAGGCGGCGAGAGCGAGGUGGUGGACGGCUUCCACACGGCCAAGCAGCUGCAGAGAGAAGACCCCGAGGCCUUCCGCACGCUCUCCUCGCUCCUUGUGGACUUCACGGACACGGGGACGGACUACUGCGACUUCAUGCUGCAGUCUAAGAAGAGCAUUAUCGACGUCAACGCUCAGGGUCGAGUUGUGAGGAUAAACUACAACAACGCCACCAGAGACUCGGUGCUGGACUUCCCUCUCUACCAGGUGCAGCCCUUCUACAGGGCGCUCAAGGCCUACGUGAACGUCAUGAACCGACCUGAGAACAUGGUCACCUACAAGAUGGAGCCAGGCGACAUCGUGACCUUCGACAACUGGCGUCUCCUGCACGGCAGAAGGCACUACGUCAGCCGACCCGACAGGUUGCGACACCUGGAGGGCGCCUACCUGGACUGGGACGAGGUCAUGUCCCGUCUCCGAAUACUCCGCCGCACAGUUCACCAGGCCGACGCCGCGCCGCAAUCGACCUCUUAAAAGGUACGCCGUCGUUUACAGCCACGGGCAGACAGGAGUUUGGGAAAGGUGCAAAGAAACCAGGCCAGGGAUUGUUAAUCCGAAUAAAAUCCCAAAACAUUCGUAAAGCGAGUGAAAAUGUUUUGGUUGUAAAACUUUUCUUUCGACUUCAGCGCGACACGCCGAUGCAAAGUUGGACUGUUUUGAUGUACUUUUACACGUAACGACGAGACUCAAGUCAUCUUUAGGCUCGUAUGUUCCUCCAUCUUGUUGCCUUCAUUCUUGUUUGCACACACAGGAAGUGGAAUGUUGUCUUCUUUUGAAAGGGUCAUGCUGCAUAAUCAAAAAUCAUCACCGGAUGUUCCAAGCUCCAAAUGUCGGCGCCGAGUCGCGUCACCGCUUCAACAAUACUGAGGACGCCUCAAACGUCAUGUAAGAACUAUAUGAUAGCAAACAAAUAGUCACAAUUAGCAGGAGAACUACUAAGUGAAUUCCCAUCAAACUUUCUGGUGAGGAUCUGGAUAAAGGAGCCACUUCAUGAAUGUAAUAUUAGUACUCUUUUGUACGUCUUCCACAACUACAUCUUUUUCAAAAAGUGAGUAACUAAGCUGUUGGUCUACGACAGGGGUGCCCAUUAUGUCGACCGCAAACUAGAACCCGAAUCAGAACAGUUUAUAUUGCCAUUGUUUGAGAACGGGUUUACAAACUAGGAAUUUUACUUGGUGCAAUCGUGCAACAUAUAACACAGAAUAGAACAACAUGAGCUUUAACUGAGCUAUCAGAUCUUGUUAUUAACUACCAAUCGAUCACGGAGGGUGUGUCAGUCAAUGGCCAGUCAGGCAUUGUGAAUUAGUGAAGUGAAUUAUAUUUAUAUACCGCUUUUAAUACCUAAGUUCCAUUUAAACCAGUGUGGGUGGCACUGGGAGCAGGUGGGUAAAGUGUCUUGCCCAAGGACACAACGGCAGUGACUAGGAUGGCGGAAGCGGGGAUCGAACCAGGAACCCUCUACCAACCGAGCUAUACUGCCUUAAAAAAAAUAGACCUAAACAUUAGCGACCAUCAAUCUUCACUACGACGUCACUUGAUUGACAUUCACGGCACCCGAGUGUCUUGUGAGAUGACGCUCAUUAUUAAGAAAAAACGACCGACAGAAAGGCGAGAAACGCCUUUUUUUAUUUCAACAGACUCUCGCGCCGAACCUGCCGUCAAAAAAACGCUAAAGACCGACCGCACAGUUCCUGUCUUCACAAUAAAAGCGCUGCUUCAUCCUGCCUGCGCUAACAAAAUAAGAGUCUCAGGAAGCUAGCGAGCUACAGAGUUUGCUGUCAAUGUAUUUCUUUUAAAGUUUAAAAAUUAGUAUGGAAGGUGGACAAAUAAGAUGCCAAAAAGCAACCACUUUCAUGUGGUAUUGGACUUUUUUUCUCCUCCAUUUGAAAAUGUGGAAGUUAUCAUCACUACUGUCUGAUUCCAAUCAAUGCAAUCAUCACAAUCAGGUAAUACACUAACUUACAUUCUUGUCUUUAUGAAAGAAAUGAAUCUAUAUGUGUUAAACAUGCUUGUAUUAUCAUUAAACACCUUUAACUUGUUAACAAAAAUGUCUCUUUCAUAAAUAAAUAAAUAUAAAUGAUAUAUAUGAAUGAGGUAGAUCUCCUCCACUUGGUCAAUUGAAAAGUAUCUGGCCUGCAGACAAAGUGUGGCCCUCCCUGCUCUAAGGUUAGUAAAUGAUUGCUUAAAGGGGAACUGCACUUUAAAAAAAAAAUGUGCCUAUCGUUCACAAUCCUUAUGAGAGACAAGAAGACAGG